UUGGCAGGUCCUGGCAUUUCUGGAAAGCCAAGAGCAGGUCUGUGUCCAGUUUCCUCCCCGGCUCCUGCCUGUCAGAGACGUCUGUGCCGGCUUUCUUUCUCCUCUAAGGAGGAGGCAUGCAGUAGCGCGGCUGGGCUUAGUGGAUGGGACGUGACAGGAGCAGCGGCUGAAGCAGGACUUGAAUCAGAAGCUCAGCUAACCGCUGGCACUUGUUCCGUAGUCCCCCAGGUCCUGCAGAGCUGCGCUGAGUUCAUUGAGCAGCACGGCGUGGUGCAGGGGAUCUACCGCCUGUCCGGCGUGGCGUCCAAGAUCCAGAAGCUACGCCACGAAUUUGAGUCUGAGCAGAUUCCGGAGCUAAGCGUCCGUGACGUUCACAGCGUGAGCUCCCUGUGCAAGAUGUACUUCAGGGAGCUCCCGACCCCUCUGCUGACCGAGCAGCUGUAUGGCAAGUUCUCGGAUGCUGUUUGUGCCGCUACAGAUGAGGAGCGGUUGCUCAGAAUGCAGGAGGUCAUCCAG